UGCUUCAAGCCUUCUCCAGUUGCUCUCAACGUUGAUUGCUGCGUCGUGUCUCUUCUGGCCAUUAGUUACCCGCUGUUGGUGCUGCUCUUCCUUUGCCCCACGUUCUGUAUCUGCAUCAGUUCCGUUUGCGGUCUCCUCUGCGCCGUCCCCGCCGCAAUCUUGCCCACCCCAUUAUAAUCCCGCCAUUCUCGCUCAGGCUCUCUGAAACGGGUUCGCUUUACCUCACAAAACCCGGUUAUUUAGAUAUCUGUUUCGUUUUCUACCUGAUCAAUUUGACUCAUUGCUGCCACACCAUAUUUAUCACCGGCUCCGCUCAAGCAUCCCCAACGCAGCAGCUUUGCUUGUGUUGUGCAUCUUUGUCAAACCCCAGGCCAGACAGGCCUCCCUAACUAAACUAUGAGAAUCUCAGUUUCAGUUGUCGCAUCGGACACACAUGUCGAGUCCGAUCUCAUCUCCCUUGAUGUUGGCGAUGACAUGACCGUCGCAGACCUAAAAGUUGUCAUCCAAAGCGAUAUAAACAUACCUUCAUCUGCAUUACGUCUUUUCUUCAAUAACAAGCUCCUCACCAGCGAUUCCCAAACUUUAUCUCAAGCCACAAUUCGGGAGGGGGACAUGCUUGCCAUGCAAAUCCAGACCCAGACACCAAGCCCGCAGCAGCAGCAACAAGGGCAAAACAAUGUCCGGCGCCAAGCAGGUGCGAACCCAGCUAUACAGGAUGCACUGGCCAGGAGGCAGGCAGAAAUGCCAGAUCCUGAGACGUUACGACUCCAUAUGCUUGGAGACCCGAGAGUGUUGGAGGGGGUGAGAAGACAAAACCCUGCGUUAGCGGAAGUAGCAGAAAAUGCCCAGCGGUUCCGUGAAGUGUUGCUUAUGCAGCAGCGGCAAGAGGCAGAGGCAUUAGCUGCGAGGGAAGCGAGGAUUGCCAUGUUAAAUUCCGAUCCCUUUAAUGUAGAUGCGCAGAAGGAGAUUGAGGAAAUUAUUCGCCAAAAUGCGGUUAUGGAAAAUUUACAAGCAGCGAUGGAGCAUACACCAGAAGCUUUUGGACGAGUAAGCAUGCUGUAUGUUCCUGUCGAAGUGAAUGGCCACCGAGUUAAGGCCUUUGUCGACUCCGGCGCCCAGGUCACAAUAAUGUCACCAGAGUGUGCAUCUGCGUGCCAUAUCAUGCGUUUAAUUGAUCGUCGCUACGGUGGUGUCGCGAAAGGCGUUGGGACUGCUGAUAUCUUGGGGCGCGUGCACUCUGCGCAGAUCAAGAUCGGGGAUAUAUUCCUUUCCUGCUCAUUCGCUGUUAUGGAUGGCAAACAUAUAGAUCUUCUCAUAGGGCUCGACAUGCUCAAGCGACAUCAAGCCUGCAUUGACCUGCAAGAUAACGUCCUAAGAAUCGCAGGCCAAACCGUGCCUUUCCUUAGCGAAGCAGAAAUCCCUAAGCACGAUGAGCUUGAGGGCGAGCCUCUGGUGCAUGGUCGGGAUGGCGCAAUUGUCGGUGCCAGAUCAGGCGCAGUUGCCCAACCAGCUGGCCAACCUUCAUCGUCCGCCUCGCCGUCCCAGUUCAGGCCAGCAAAUUCACCCUCCCCGUCGUCCUCCACACCAAGAAUCAACAUCCACCCUUCCCCUUCUAACCCGUUGUCGUCCUCCAAUAGCCAUGACCUUCAACCUCCCGCUCAACCUUCCUCCAGCUCUCCUGUGCCUGCCUCGCCAUGGCCCGCAGAGUUAAUAUCCAAGAUAACGGAUUUGGGGUUCACACGGGAAGAAGCAGUGCAGGCCCUCGAAGCUGCUGGUGGGGAUGUUGAAGGAGCCAUCGGUUAUCUUAUUUAAAAGACCCCAUAAGAUUCAUCGCCCUCGAUUGUUAUUUAAAUUGAAGCAACCCCUAGCGUUCUCCCAUAUUCACCUCAUACACGUCAACAACUCCUUAGACACGAUGUCACUCAGGCCACGGAAAUGUCCAUUUGAUCAUAGUUAGAACGUGAUGGAAACGUGCUCCUUUUUUUCUCGCAUCACCCGUUUUAUGAAUUACCAACCCCCCUCGGGUUCCUUCCCCCCUCAUGCUAUUCCAUUACAGUUUCGCAUAGUUAGAAAUAUACGGAUACACAUAGCUUUUCCAUUUUUUAUCCGGUGUCCUUUUUAAGACAAACAAUGUUUUAGCUGCCUUUAUUAAGGAUUUUAUGUCCUUCAUGAAUCAGAGUUACAUAGUUAAAUGUCAGCACCCGUAUAUAAUCCGU